UCCCAAGACUCACAGAAAGAAGUGUGCUUCAUGGAAGUGUCUGAAGUUCUUCCUUUAUCUGAAUUGGGGAUUUUCACAAGCUUUACUAGAAUGACAUUAACGCUGCUGAUUUUUGUUGUAUCCAUUUUGGUCUCAUUUGCAGUGUCCAGUGACAUGUUUAUGCAAGUUGGUACUUCUGUUCAACUGAACCCAGUCUAUCCUGGACAAGACUUUGAAGUAUUCCUCUGGUUAUUUCACAAUAAUACAAUUGGGAAGUAUUACAAGGAUAUUUCAAAAUUAAAACUCUACUCACCUUAUGAAGGUAGAGUAGAGUUCAAUGAGGAAGCCCACAGCCUGAUACUUAAGAACUUGCAAAGGAAUGAUACUGGAUUCUAUGAAGCAAAAACAAUUGGAGAAACUAACAAAGUUGUUGCUAAGUACAGACUAACUGUGUUGGAUCCAGUGGAGACUCCAGUGCUUACUACUACCCCUCAUAUGCAAAGCAGUGAAGCCUGUAAUAUGACACUCAUCUGUAGAGGUCAUGACUACUCAGUAAUCUCUAGCUGUUAUAAUGAAAUCUGUGAUGAGAUGGAAUUGACAUUACCUGGUAGCGUGACCCUUACCCUGACUGUCAGCGGCAGAGUCGUCAACUGUAACCUCAGCAACCCAGUCGGUUGGAAGGCAACUGACAUUGAAAUAACACCGCUCACCCAGCACUGCACAUCUCAUGGAAAAGUGCAUCAUCCUGGAUCCAGUAACUCGGCUCACCUUGGGCCUUUCAAAGGCAGCAUGCUUGUCAUCAUUCUGAGUGUCCUGUGUAUUACGAAAUAGCACAAUAGUCCAAAGCAUACAGGGAUAAAUUCAAUGACCAUGCGAUUUUAAAUAAACAAAAGAGAUGCAGCAUCUGAAAGUUUAAACGAUGGCGUUAAUGAUUCAUGAGGUCAGCGGUCUCCACUGCCUGUUUCUCUGCAUGUAUCCUACCAGUUAUGUUACUUUGUGAGGAAGUCAAACACUCUUACAACUGCAACCCCCCAAACCCACAUCACAUUACCAUAGUAAUUCAAGCUGAAGGAAGACGUUUGCAAGUUUUGAGUUUUCAAAAAAUAAAUAAAGUGCAGAGCCUAGGCUUCUAAACUGCAAACAAACCUUACUUCAUGCAUAAACUUCAGCAAACACUCUCAAGUCACUGUGUCUUAAGAAAGAGGGAAAAGUAACAAUCCACUAAGAAUAAAUGACGUGUUAAGGACAUAUAAAACUGAAGUACUUGGUCUCAUGAGAGACUCUAUGUUCCUAAGAAAAGCUCUUUAUUGCAUAGUAUAUCCUCUGUGUGCUAUGGAAAGUUUGACCAGUUCAUUGCAAAUAUCAUGUUUAGCAACAGAUCACUUCUCUAAAUUAUUAGACUGUAUGAGACAUUUGGUGCCUUUUCCUGUUUUGAAACAUCUGACUGAGAGGUGACAUAACUUGUGUGCAUUUCCUGUGCUUCUUAAACUGCAUUAAUAAAGACUGAUUUGUG